AUGAAGGACCCAACGCCUGCUUUGACGACUGUCCGGGGCUUCCAUACUCCUGUCACUGAGUCGGGAGAUGAAGACUCGGACUAUGGAUCUCGCACACAGUCGCCAUCCAAGCAUAGGAUCGACGAUGUGGUCAGCGCCAACAGCAGCCCCAUGCUGCGCUCGACUGCUUCCCCCGGUAUGGGAGGUAUCAGCAAAUUGAAGCUACAGCUCGAUGCCUUGGAUCGCGCCUCUCAGUCGAUCGCGAGAAAGAUGACCGCCGAGGACUUCCAACCUUUGCGCUGUCUGGGGAAGGGGACCUUUGGAACAGUCUUGCUUGUCAAGCAGCAGACUACGGGGCGGCUCUUUGCACAAAAACAGUUUAAGAAAGCUUCGUUGACCGUUCACAAACGCCUUGUCGAGCAAACCAAGACCGAGCGCACCAUCCUCGAAAGCGUCAAUCGUCACCCUUUCGUCGUGAAGCUUUUCUAUGCCUUCCAGGACCACGAGAAGCUAUACUUGAUCCUCGAAUAUGCGCAAGGCGGGGAGCUAUUCACACAUUUGGCACAGGAACGCAUGUUCUCGGAGGAAGUCGCCUCAUUCUACAUGGCCGAAAUGGUUCUGGCACUCGAACAUCUUCACCGCAACCUCGGGGUCGUAUACCGUGAUCUCAAACCUGAGAACUGUCUCCUAGACGCGGAAGGGCAUCUCCUGCUCACCGAUUUCGGGCUUUCAAAAGUCGCUGUGGAUGAGAACGACAAAUGCAAUAGCAUGCUCGGCACGGUUGAAUAUAUGGCACCGGAGAUUGUCCUGGGUCAGAAAUAUGGGAUGGCGGUGGAUUGGUGGUCGUUUGGCGCAUUGGGGUUUGAUCUUUUGACCGGAAGCCCGCCAUUCGUGGGCCAGAACCACAAGAAGAUCCAGGAGAAGAUCGUGAAGCAGAAGCUUGUCAUGCCGUACUUUUUGGGCCCCGACGCCAAAGAUCUGCUCACUCGUCUUCUUCGAAAGGAGCCCGCGAAGAGACUAGGAGCCAAUAUGCCCAAGGAUCUCCAGACGAUCAAGAAACAUCGCUUCUUCCGCAAGAUCGACUGGAAGCGGCUCGCGAAGAGAGAAAUCGAACCCCCGAUCACACCCCUCAUCACGGACCCGGAACUCGCAGAGAACUUCGCAACGGAAUUCACCGAGCUGGCUGUGAGUCCUGUCACACACCAAAAGUCGCCAUGGGGCUCCACGACGGCGGCGGGAAACGAGAAUAAUCCGUUUGGUGGCUUUAGUUACGUGGCGAGCCAGAGCUUGUUGGAGUCUAAUGGAUUCAUGGCGAUGGCGGGGAAUGGCGAAUUGACUGCCUAG